UAUUUUCCUGGCACACUUGUUUCCUGUAUGCAGGGAAUUAUAAUUUUUUUAAGGAGGAACAAUACACACUUUGUCCCCACCUUUCUGUCUGAAUUGGCCCCAUCCAGGCCCAGAAAGACCACCUUUCUCGUCUCUUUCCGAGACUUCGGCCUGUGUGAUUAACAUAACCACUGUAGAUCAGACUAUAACGCGUUACCAAGGCAACAUGGAGUCAGGCUUUAGGAGAGAGCCUUUUCAGCUCACUGUUGCCUUUAAAUCACAUUGCCUUGGUAACCCGUGAAUAAUUGCAGCUGAGACACACUCCGCAGAAAGUUGUCCUUUUCGCCUGGAAAGAGGGACCCGAGUCAAAACUGCCAUGUUGUGUUUGAUGAAGACCAUGGCCUUCUCUUUUCCCAAGUGGGAGGCCUCUUGGUUCAGGAUCUACGAGAAAUGCCCUUCUCAUUUAAAACUGAUCUUGUUUCCAUCUUCUGCCAUCUGUUAAAUGAGCCCAGUUUCCUCCCACCCUCCUUUCUCUUUCUGCCACCGUUUUGGACUGGAAACAAGCGGGCAGAAACCAUCUGGUGGCUCUCUCUUCGUCGUCAAUGUCACUGAGCGAUGAGCGAGUGACGUUGAAGGGAGCUGUUGUGGAUGCCUGCCAGUUCCUGACUUCCAAACUUUUAAAGAGGCUUUGAGGCCGCUCCACCGUUUGAACGUGGACAGAUGGCGAAGGGAGCUAGGGAGAAAAAAGCAACCCAUCAAGACCAAGAGGCAGCCAUGAUGGCACCAAAGGACGAUAGGGUGCCGUCGGGGCCUCAAUGGCUUCCAUGCAUGGAUGGGAAGAAAUGCAGCGUAUGGAUGUUCUUACCUCUUGUAUUGACACUGUUUACCUCAGCAGGAUUGUGGAUUGUAUAUUUUAUAGCAGUAGAAGACAACAAAAUUAUCCCGCUAAAUGUGGCAGACAGCAAACCAGGUCCUCUAAAGCCACCUUAUAUAAGUAUUGCAGGUGAUGUCCCUCCUGCAAGCUGUGUGUUCAGCCAAGUCAUGAACAUGGCAGCAUUUCUAGCGCUUGUCAUAGCUGUCCUCCGCUUUAUUCAGCUCAAACCAAAGGUCCUGAACCCCUGGCUCAAUGUCAGCGGCCUGGUGGCGUUAUGCUUGGCCUCCUUUGGGAUGACUUUGCUGGGCAACUUUCAGCUUACCAACGAUGAAGAGAUACAUAAUGUUGGCACAUCCUUGACGUUUGGGUUUGGCACUCUGGCCUGCUGGAUUCAGUCAGCAUUAACGCUCAAAAUAAACUUGAAGAAUGAAGGAAGAAAAGCCGGGAUCCCACGAGUUGUCUUGUCAGCAGCAAUCACCCUCUGCGUUGUCCUCUAUUUCAUCUUGAUGGCCCAGAAGCUUCACAUGCACGCCGCACGGAUACAGUGGGGGAUGGUCAUGUGCUUCCUCUGCUACUUUGGCUCCUUCGCUGUGGAGUUCAGGCACUACCGGUUUGAGAUCAUCUGCUCCGAGUAUCAGGAGAACUUCCUCAGCUUUUCCGAGAGCCUCUCUGAAGCAUCCGAGUACCAAACGGAUCAGGUUUAACCCAGCCUGUUGCAUUGGCAGAAGCUUGCAGUUACAUGAUUGAACCAGUGCUUGGGGGGGUAGGAGAGUUUUUGGACUACAGCUUCAAGGAUCUAAGACAUUGUAGUCCAAAAAGAGAAUUCCUCCAAGCUCUAGAUUGAACCCAUGACCUUGUUUACCUUUUAAAAAAAGCAAACCAACAAACCAUAUAUCCAUUUCCCACACCUGUAACCAUACAUAAGUUGCCCAAAGACUCAUUAGGGCAAAACUAAGCAUCAUCUAAUUACUUCCUAUCCCAUGUAGCAUUAUGGCAUAUGUUGCAGUGAAGAAGCUGCAGAGGGAUAUGAAGGAACUCUAAUUCCAUUACUCUUUAAAAGGGGGGAGGUGGCCCUUGAGAUGUUGUUGGAUUGCUACUCCUCACUGCCUUCUCCAACAGAACCAGAAGUAAAGAGAUGGGAAGAGUUGCACUCUAGUAACAUCCAGAAAGCCACAGGUUCCUCAUUCCUGGUCUAAUUUCAACCCAUGGCUGGCUAUGAAAAAGGAGCCUCAGGUGUAUGCUGAGGUUCCUAGUCAACCUGUAAUAAGUUUAAGAAUAGGAAGGUAUUGGCAACUCUUUCUCUGUGGACCUUUCUGCAUUUCAGUUUGCUGCUUUCUCACAAGGAAAGGCUGGACUGCAGACAAUAAUUCUGGAAAGAACUGGGUUUCUUUCCUCCCCAGAAUAGUCCAGGGAAUCAGGCCAUCCUUUAUUGGUUACUGCCAGCUGAAAUAAUUGCUACCCAGUGUAUCCUUCAUCUUGACAUCAGGAGCUGAAUUGGGAGGCAUGGAAGCUGCACCUUCUGGUGCCCUGCAUGCUUUUUGAUGAUCCCUCUUCCCUGGCCUGUUAUAGCAAGCACGUUUCCUGGUGCUGUUCAAAGCGCCAGGCGUGCUUGCUGUAGACCAAGGAGGAGAAGCCGUGGCUGCUUGGUGCUGCUAACUAUGCUACUGAUUUAGAAGCAACCACCAGGUUGCAGUUUGUUCAAGUGUAUUUC